AUGCCAAAUAUGAAUCAAAUUAAUAGUAACUAUCAAUCUAAUAUCAUAUCAACACCUUUUAUGGUACAAUCUGAAUUUAUUAACUCUCCAGUACCUCAACAUAACGUUCAAAUCCCAAUACGUUCACAAUCAUCAUCACCAUUGAGUUAUAUUAAUACUCCUGUAUCAGAACAACAGCAACAACAGCAUUAUAUUCUACGUCAACCAAGUCAACCAAAUCAAUCUGCAUCACCAAUACAAUCUUACAUUCCAGUUCAACAACACAAUAUUCAACCUGAAUUGCAUAAUCCUAUAAGUUUUAUUCCACAACAACCUAUUACAUCUGAAUCCCCAAAAGUUCCUUCAAUGAAAAAUACUAAUAUUUCAAGUUCUACUAAGAAGAGUGCUACUGAGAAGAAGAAAUCUAUCAAUAACAAUAUACCAGUGACUAGAAAGAAAGGCACUGGCAUUAAACAUUUAAGCAUAGAAAAGAGACGUAGAUUUGAAUGUAAAACAUGUGGAAGAAAGUUUACAACAUCAGGGCAUUUGACAAGACAUAAUAGAAUUCACACAGGAGAAAAAAAUCAUGUCUGUCCAUUUGAAGGUUGUAAUUUAAGAUUUAGCAGAAACGAUAACAGCUUACAACAUUAUAAGACCCAUUUAAAAAAACAAAAGAAGAAAUAA